AUGAAGAUGGCUGAGGGCGCGAACGUCAUGCAUUACUGCAAUGAGGUCUUGAACAUCGCCACCAAGCUUAGCAGCAUCGUUGCGAAGAUGGAGGACGAGGACGUCGCAAUAUGUCUGCUGCUCAGUCUCCCUAAGAGUUUCGAGAACGUUGUUCUAAACUUGGAGAUGAGCAGCGCAGAGCCUCGUACCCAAGAUGUGGUGAAGGUGCUCACGAAUGAGCAUGCCAAGCGCCAAGGUGAGAAGGUGACAACAACAGCAACGAUGGUCAAGACUGAAGAUGUAGCCAAGGCCAUCAACACUGAAUGCGAGCCAUACAACUGCACCUACUGUGGCGAAGAAGGACGUGUCCGGAAUGUGGGCCGUCGACAGUGGUGCAAUACACACCACAUUUGCCACGACAAGACCAAGUUUGCGAGACUGAACAAGCGCAACGACGGUGAAAUCUUGGUGGCGGAUGGCAACACAGUGGCCAUCAAGGGUGUUGGAACCAUCUUUGAAAAGGUGGUUCUGCCCGACGGUGAAGAGCGCGAAAUUGAGAUCAAGAACGUGCUUUACGUACCAAGCAUGAGCAAGAAUAUGCUUUCGGUACCGCAGAUCAACAAACACGGCAAGUUCCAAGUGGUGUUCGACGGGACCAAGAUGUUUGCUGCUCGCAAGGGAUCGCACCAAGUGGUGGCAACAGCAUAUCUUGUGGAUAGUCUUUACUGGCUUUACACAGCUCAUCAAUCGGCCAAUGCGGCAACAAGCGGAAACGGCGGUGUCGACUUACAUGCGCGAAUGGGAUACGCUCGAGCUGAUGUGCUUCGCAAAAUGGUGGCCACGAACAUGACCAAGGACAUAAAAGACAAGCGCAGAUACGACACCUUUGAGCUACUUCACGUCGACAUCUGCGGACCCAUCGAGAUGAAUUCUCUGGGUGGCAGCAAGUAUCUACUGCUGAUCGUGGACGAAGCCAUUGGAUGCAUGAAGGGUUUCUGUCUACGUGUGAAGUCGGAGAGUGAAAACUACAUCACACGAUACAUCACGAUGGUGCAAGCGCAGUUUGGCAAGAAGGUCAAGCUCGUCUGA